AUGUUACUUUUCAUCCCAAUUCUUAACAUCGAAGAUAAUAUGGAAUUUCAUCUACUUUUAGACUUCUACAAUAUGUCUAACAUUGCAAAGCUCGAAUUUGCAGCACUUGAAGUUAGUGAGAAAAACUAUGUGCCAUGGAUGAUAGAUGUAAAAAUGCAUCUUGAGUCCAUGGGAAUCUCAAAUGCUAUAAAUGAAUUUACUAACUGCUUGGCACAAGACAAAGCAAAAGCACAAGAAGUUAUACUUCCAAAUGCUAGAGAUGAAUGGAGAACACUGGGGUUUCAAGACUUCAAGAAAGUAAAUGAAUACAACUCAGCUUUGUUUAGAAUAUGUUCACAACUCAAAUAUUAUGGAAAAGAAGUUACUGAUGACGAUAUGUUGGAGAAAACUUACUCCACAUUUCAUGCAACAAACAUUACCUUGAUGCAACAAUAUCAUAUGCAAAAGUUCACAAGAUAUUCUGAACUAAAUGCAUGCCUACUUGUUGCAGAGCAAAACAACGAGCUCUUGAUGAAAAACCAUGAAUUUCGUCCAACAGGAUCAGUAGCACUUCCUGAAGCAAAUGCUACAAAUACUGAUGGUCAUCGAAACAAUACACGUGGACGAGGGCGAGGCUGUGGCCGAGGAGGAGGCCGUGGCUAUUUUAAUCGAAACCAAAGCCAUAAUCAGAACCAUAACUUUGGUCGUGGACAAAGUAAUAAUCGUGGUCAUGGCCAUAAAAGGAAUAAUUACCAAUCUUCACAAAGAAACAAUGUCCAUACACAAGAUAAGGCCAAAGUGGCAAGGCAUGAUACUGGGACAUCACAAAAAUCUGAUGGUUCAUGUUAUAGAUGUGGUAGCACAGGCCAUUGGUCAAGAAUCUGUCGCACACAUGCACAUCUUUGUCAACUUUAUCAAGAUUCCAUUAAAGGAAAAGGAAAAGAAGCAAACCUCGUUAAUAAUGUUGAAUUCAUUCCGCUAACUUUUGAUGAUUUCUGCAAUGACAUGGAAGACAUAAACUAA